UAUUAACCCGAGAAGAGAACCAGAGUCGGAAUCAGACGAACCGUAGGGUCGAGAGGCCAAAGCUUUCGAAGAGCGAAGAGAGGGAGGGAACUGUUGUAUUCAUCUUCGCGUCGAUUCUUCCAUCGAAACUCUAUCUCAAUCGCUCGCAGAAGAGAUUUAUAUAUAGAGAGAAAGAGGGUUUCGAGGAACGAUGUCGAAGAAGAAAUCUUCUGGAAACACCAUGACGCUUAAGGACUUCCAUGGCGGUUCCAUCCCUUCUGAUCUCCCUCUCCCUUCCGCUCCUGGAGUAAUUCCGAGGUCUACUGCGGAUCGACCUGGUUCUGAUAGAGUGUCUUUGGGUACUUCUAUGGGUCGACCAGAUCAGAGGACGAGGCCAAGUUCGUCACAUUCUAUCAGAAAUUUCGAUGACAAGUCACCUUUUCUGCCUCUCACGGCAAAUAUCGGUCGUAAUUUCAGCGAGGAUGAGCGUAUGCUUCUGGACGGUCCCUCGGUUCCACGUAGAAUGAUUAGUGAUGACGUUUUCCGAGCUCCUAACACCCACACGGAGGUGAAAUCGGACCCGGUUUUAGCUGGGAGACUUGCCAAUAGGCAGGGAGGUUCUUCUGGCCCUUGGCUCGCGAAGAAGAUUGAUGCAGCUCAUUCUGGGAUCAGUAACCAAAUGAUCGGUGCAAACAGCGAGAACUCUGUGUCAGGCGCUUACCCUAAUGCCUGGGCUUCACGGAAGGAGGUGACAUCUCCCAUCAGUGAGCCGGGACAAUCUCCCUGGGCUACUACACAACCUGCUGUUUCCAAAUUGGUCCCUGUAACUGCCAUUGAGCAUUUGUCCUCGGGAAAAUGGCACUCGAAAUUAGUUGCUCCUGGCCAGAUUGAGAAUCUGAAGCAUCCAGACUUGGAGAGUGGUCUUCAUAAAACUAACGAUUAUGUGGCACGUGAAAGAGAAUCGUCGGAAGUAAUGUUGGCGAGACACUUGGAAAAGGGUCUGGCUAUCAAAGAUGGCAUCAUGGAUGGGCGAAAAGUUUCUGCCCAGUACGAAAAAGGCUCUCCUCCAGCUGAUUUAGAAGUGAAAGACGCGAACGUGGUAGCGGGCAGAAACAACAGGCUUUAUCUAAAUCGUUCCGAUGAUACAUAUAUACCUUCUGAAUCGUUGGAACGGCCUAAGCUGAAACUACUUCCGUCGACAAAACAUCUUGAAAAUGUUGAGAGACCUUUAAAUGAUGUGAAGCAGGAAAGUGGUGCUUCCGUUGGUAACAUGACACACAGAAAUAUGAAUAAUUUGAAACCUAGUUCAUCUGCAGAUGAGAGUGGUAACCAGCAGGCUGAACGCCCUAAGUUGAAUUUGAAGCCGAGAUCGCAGCUGGCUGAGCAGCCAGAUGUUAUCCCUGAAAGGGAGAGAAAUGCGGUUUUUGGCGGUGCCAGGCCUCGAGAACUGGUCUUGAAGGAACGGGGAAUGGACGAGACUGACCAUCAUGAGUUGGACCGACUCGAAAGGGUCAAAUCAAACGUUCCGAAAACCGAAAGGGUCCCGGAGAAAGUGAUCCCUUCUCGCCAGGCGAAUGUAUCAGGAAAAGUCGACAGGAAAGACAGCCGAAGCAUAGGCAAUGUUGACAGAUCCGAAACCCAAAGGAGAAACUGGCGAAACAACGAUAACAACAACAGGGCGAGGGAGAACGAGAGAAAGGCGAGACCGAUGGUACAGGAGAAGAGGCAUCCGUCCCCAGAGACGUGGCGAAAGCCGGAAUGUCCAGAUGGGACGGGGCAACCCCGAUACGGCAAAGCAACCUCUGCAAUGGAGCUUGCCCAGGCGUUCUCGAAGCCCUUCUCGGACCCGAGGACUGGGAAAAACAGCUUCAACGACGAACAACGAGGAGGAUUCUCGGGCCGGGAUCAAGUUCCGUUCUCGAGGUUGAUAGGAUCCACACCGAACCCGAGGCCGAGGCAGAUCAAUGGUUACUGACCCUGCGUCUUAUCCCCUAUCAGUUGAAAUCUGAAUUGGUUGGACGAGUGAUUGCGUGUGUUUUCUCAUAGCUCCUGAGGAUGAGGAUGGGUGCCUUUUUCUUUUUCCUAAUCAGAAUACAGAAAGUGAUCAUCGUCGUCGGGAAAGUAGCCGCCAUUGUUCCUUUUACAUAUGUUUUUUCUUUCUUUUCCCGGAAAUCUUUCGAAAGUCCCUUGGAAUAAUCAGAUCUCAAUUUCGGUUU